AUGGACAAGAUCCAGCUCGCCAUGGCUGAUUUGUCGAAUAAGACCCGGGAAGCGAUGCCAUCGAGACUGUAUCUCUUCGUGGCUCUUGAGGAGCCUUGGAUCAGAGGAUUUGAUAGUUCUACUGUGCAUUUCAUUGCCACCCACCUUGGCGUAGUAUUACGCGAAGAGCAAGUCGCCGAACCACACAGCCAACCACACCCUCGCUCGCUUCUGGCUUGUCAAAAGACAAUGGCGAAUCCUGGGGAGGCUGCUCGCCUCCCUCCCAUGCGCUCCUGCCAUAACCACAAUCCUUGGACUCUCAUUUCACCAUCAAGCAACCUGGAAGACACACUGGGCGUGAUCAAACAGCUCAAAGGUCUCCCGCAGAUUCCCGACAAACAUCUCCCAGACAAGUUCGGCCGCGCGAUACCUCUCAAGAAGACUCAUGACCCAUCGGUGCAGCGUCUACUCAAGCGUGCAGACAUCUUAUUGGCCAUCGCCAAGGAUCUGGCCUUCGCCGUCGUCAAUAGCGGGCCCGGCUGUCGUGAGAAGCUGAGUGGCCUCAUCAGGAAGGACGGACACACCCUGUUUGAGUACCAUGCCACAUUCGUUCUUCGCAGCCGUAUGGAGUCUCCAUUGGACGAUAGGGAUUGGGGCUCACAGCUGGUAACGUUGUGGAACUCUUUGACAGACGACUCGAGAGAGUGGUGGAGAGGCCAUACUGAGCAGAUACUUCAUGCUCUGCAGAACGAGCAUUACCUCGCUGUGCCCAGAAAGUUCCAGACCGGAACAGGAAAUGCUGUUGCCAGAGCUUUCACAUAUCGAAUCAAGGCGGCAAUAUACCGUCAGAAGAUUGUAAUUCCAGCGCCACAGCCUGGUUGGACAAUCAUCAAGACAGCGGAUGUUCACCACUCGCAAGAUAUCCGUCAAGCUGGGUGUACACUUCCAUAUGAGCACACCCCAGUCGAGGUUUAUCGCCAUAGUAGCAAUCGAAUGCGAGGCCAAUCGCAUAAAACGAGAUUGCAGACAUCCAAUACCUGCAAAACAGGCCCCAACAAGAAGACUGUCAACAAUACGAAGGUCCGUAUGCUACGGGAGCCAUCCGAGGUCAAGAUUGUUGAGCUCCUCCUUGCGCAUGGCCAGCCUCUCAAGUCGAACACAAUCGAUGCAAUGCGAGAAAAAAUUCUCCAAUCAAUAUCAGAGAUUGUCAAAAACCACCCGGAUCUCCAAACACACUGUCGAAGUCAAGGGAUACGCACUAUCUACCAGCCAAACUCCUUUGACGUGGCAGGCAUUGCAAACAGACUGCGUGCUGCAGCAUCAGAAGAACAGGAGAACAGCCGUCAGGCACUGGCACGUUUUGAAAAGCUACUGCGGCCAUUUGCAUGUUCUUUGGCGAGUUCUUCUUUCGGAUUGGCCGAUAAAAUGUCGAGAUACACCUCUACAGAAACCCCACAAGACGAAGCCUCGUGUCUUACUUGGCUGGGAGGGGAGGUUCAGGCCGUUGUUCGGCAGAAGAAGAAAGAAGAUGUCGUCAAUGACCUCAUGACUUUGCUCCAUCAGCACAUAACUCGCAUCGCAAGUCUGUCCCGGACGAGUGUUUAG